AUGCCAAACAUGUUGGCAGAAGCCAAGAGCGUCGGCAAGUCGCAAGAGCAAGCAGAUGAUGGAGAGAGCUACAAAUUAGGGAGAGGUUCUAUGCGAGGCGGGGGAAACGACGCAAAGGGCGAUCUUGGUGGGAGCGUGCCGUGGGGUGCCGACUCUAAAGAAUGUCAGCAGCAAGGAGAAAACCGAGGGAAAAUGCUGAGCAGUCUUGCCAAACAAGCAAGCCCACGACCAAGUGAGAUGCAGGCAUUCUCCAGCCUUCCGAGCCCGUCAGCAGACUCAGGAAAACUUGCGCCUCUGGACAUGGGACAAAGAAGUCCCCGCUCACAUCGCGCAUCGAGGUCGAGACAGCGAUCGAGCAGCCCCAAAGAGCACCAAAACGCGUCCUCGGAGGAUGAAUCUCCCCUCCCCGGUUUGUCGCUCUCUCCGAGAAGUGGCGCGCACUCCGCCCGUCGGGUCCGAAGCCUUCCCCCGACUCCCAAGAGAGCUUCGUGCACCAACCUUGACCCUGUUAGCGAUAGCGUCGAGUUCGCUCGGCCUCAGAGCCGCGGCGGCCCGGCCGGCAACGGCAGCAAGUUUUCUCCACUCCUCGAUGCGAAAGAGGGCUCCACGUCGCCACGGUAUAGAGAUCCCGCCCUAUGCGCAGCGGAUAGCAACAAGCGCGGAGGGGAGCUUGCAGCUGAACGUGGUGGUGGCGGGUUAGGACGUGAAUCGCGAAGCCUUUCGAGGGGGGCGGCGGAAGCGAAAAGCGAGGUCGGGUGCACUCGUCUUCCGGGGACAAAGUCCACCUCACCACCGCGAGACAGAGGAGAGGGUAGCGAGGGCAGACCCCGUUUGUCGAGUGAGAGUCUUCCGGGCGCUUCCCCUUCAUCUUCCAACGGCACUUGGCGCAGGCAGCGGAGCUCGCAGAACGUGGAUGCGGCGCAUUCCACGAAACGAUCGAGUGGGGACGUUAGUCCCGCCGGGGGUGAACGCAACGGCAACCAUCGCUACGAGGGCUAUGGCGAGGAAAAGGACUUCGGAAGCGUUCCCAACAGCCCGUCCAUGGCCAGAGGCGAGGAGAGCUCCAAGAGUCCAAGAACACGCCGGAUGCGACCCCAGCGUGAUAGCGCGGUGUAG